AUGGCGUCUCGAGCCGUUGUAGCUUCAUGCCAACUGCGCACCUCCAUUUGCGCCAACGCUAGCUUCCCGGCACCCCCCUCCGCAUUUAUCUGCCGAAUCGCCGCGACCACUGCGCGUCUCCACACCAUCUCUUCCGCGCGAGCGUCGUCCGCGGAGGCGUCUUCCGCGCAAUUUUCCCCUGUGCGCGCGGUGCGCGCUGCUAAGGACAGCGGCGGCGGGCUGCUUGACAAGCCCGUUGUAGCUCCUACUCCUGGACGGGAAUCCGAAUUUGAUCUCACCAAGCAGCGCAAGAAGAGCCCGCUGUACCGUGUCAUGCUGCACAACGACAACUUCAACCGCCGCGAAUACGUCGUGCAGGUGCUGAUGAAGUGUGUGCCGGGCAUGACGGUGGACCAGGCGGUGAACAUCAUGCAGGAGGCGCAUGUGAACGGCAUGGCGUGUGUGCUCAUCUGCGUGCAGCACGAGGCGGAGGAGGUGUGCCUCAACCUGCGCAGCAACGGGCUCGUCAGCUCCAUCGAACCCGCCUCCUCGUCUGGGGCUUAG